UGACAUUAUAAGAGGAUCCCAUCCACGGGUCAGUAGGCGGAAGCAAUGCUCCAGUCGCAACCUUUAUCAUCCAGCUAGAGCACAGUGGGCUACCUUAUGCCCUGAACCGUUAGAGCAGAACAUGUCCACUCAACUCGACGCCGCCUGUAUUGCCCGUCUCUCCCUACACGACCCCACCCGCUUCAGCAUCCAGCACUCCCAGACUGUUCAUCGCCUCGAGCUCUUACAGCACUGGAACAUUCCGACUGGCGCCAAGGUGCUGGAAAUAGGCUGUGGGCAAGGGGACUGCACGACUGUCCUUGCCUCUGCCGUGGGCGAGCAGGGGAGGGUGGUGGCCGUGGAUCCGGCGGAUCUGGAUUAUGGUGCCCCGUAUACUCUCGGCCAGGCACAGAAUCACAUCUCACAAGGCCCGCUAGGAAGACGGAUUACUUGGGUUCAACAAUCGCCGUUAGACUACCUCGCCUCCCUCCCCUCCCCCUACCCAUCCUCGCCACCCGCCAGCGAAAGUAAGUCCUUUGACGCAACAGUGCUCGCCCACUGCCUAUGGUACUUUGCCUCCCCCGCGCUCAUCCUUUCUACCUUCCGCGCCCUCAAGCAGCACAGCAAGCGCCUCCUCCUUGCCGAGUGGUCCUUGGUAGCGAGGCACCCCUCUGCCCAACCUCACGUGUUAGCUGCGCUCACUCAAGCAGCGCUGGAGUGCCGUAAGCCCGUUAGCAAAUCGAACGUCCGCACCGUGCUGGGACCAACGCGGCUUACCGAGCUGGCCCAGGCUGCCGGGUGGCAGCUGGAGACUGAGACCCGCGUGCAAGGUAGGGAGGGCUUGCUGGACGGACAAUGGGAAGUGUCUGCUUGUCUUUCGUCCUCUUUCGAGAAGGAAGUAGAGGAGGCAGUGAGUGAGGAAAGGGAGCGGGCAGUGGUUCUUGCAUCCCGGGAUGCGUGUGAGGCAAGUUUGGAGGGCAUAGAGGGGGGCCGGAAAGGAGUUAGGGCCAUGGAUGUUUGGGUGGCUAGUUUCGUCUGAUCCGGCAAUUUGAACACGCCCCGGCUAGCCCUCUUCGACGCCCGAUAUCCAACUCUGCUGCGCACAGUGAACUGGUAUUGAGAGUCAACCAGGUCUACAACAGUACUCUCUAGUUAAACAACUCCACCGAUGAGGUUCCAGUGUUUGGGUCAUAUAUGUAAAGAACCUGUUAGAAUGACGGUACAGCAUUGUAGGCUAGCUCGUUACAGGCCUCGCGGAGAGACUGUUAACACCAUAGCCUAUGACACACGACCAGACAACAGCUAACAUCCUUUUGUCUAUAAUGGGAGGACCCAGCAGUAUACACGCAGUUGAUUGCGACCGUCAACAGAAUCACCCUACCCAGCUCUAGCGGGCCAGGAUGCAGGGAUCACCCUUAAG